AUGGCCCGCACUACUUACGGAAACACUAAUAUGCCCAAGUUUUGUAUGCAAGGCCUAGUCCGUAUCACUGCAAAUAUUGACGAUUUGUACGAGGCACGAGCAGUCUUGCAUGAGUUAUUACAAUAUGACAUCGUAGACCUAAUUUCCAACUGUCUGCGACAAGGAGACGAUGUCGAGUUGAUAUAUUGGGCUGCAGGAUUGAUGCACGAGUUUGUACUGAAAGAAGUAGCAGUCGACCAGUUCAGAGCAAUUAAAGGUAUCCAUGCGAUACUCACGGGUUUAUUGUCAGCAGAAGAAAUGUAUAUAUCUCGAGUUAUUUUGAGAAUUAUCAAAUUCAUGGCUUUCGACCAACAGGAAUUCAAGGGAAAGAUGGUUGAGUCAGGAAUGAUUAAGAAGAUCAUGCACUGUCUGUCGCUAGAGGAUGACGAUGUGAAAUACUGGGCCACAUUGUGUAUUCACGUUGCAGCAGGAGAGACCAAAUCCCAUGAGCAAAUCGUUACAGCACCUGAAUUUAAAUUGCUGUUGGAAUCAUCUUUUUCGCGAAAACUGGAAGUAGCGCUGUUCGUGUCCGAUAUUCUAUCAUUAAUUUGCUGCAUAUGUAAGUUGUUUCAGUUGCACAGCGAUAAUGAUGUAUUUAUUGAUCACAAAGGUUUCUCGUAUAGCAAGCAAUAA